UCGUGAGAACAUCGCGUGUUGGCCUUUCACUUUCGUCGCAUAUAGAGCUCGUGGAUAAAACAACGUAACUGGUUUAGGGAUUAUGCAAUUGAUAAUACACAGACGGGGUCGAAGAGAUCGAGUAUUCUUAUUAGCGUCCACAGCAGUGAUACGGUUGUUUAGUUCAAAGUGUGGUACUAGAUACAUACUCCGGUAAACGAUGCAAGACAAAUCGAUGGCCGGUAAAAUCAUGUACGGCUGUUUAGUGUUCGCCACCGCACUCAAUUUAGGGGUAUUUGCUUUAAAAGAUAAACCAGAGCAACGUUCUGCGGGAAUUACACCAGUUCAAUCAAAGAGACAGACUGCGACUCAAAAUGAUGACUUUGACCUUCAACAAGCAAAUAUUUCUCAAGAGUACUUAGAUUUCUUACAACAACAAUCAAAUGGCGAAAGUAAUCCAAUACAUCAAACACAAUUCAGGCAAAAAAAUCAACAACCUAUUUUCGGCUCUAGAGUACUGAAUAGUGCUUUCCCACCAACCACUACAACUACGACUACUUUAUCGCCAUUUGGUGCUGAACAAGUUCGACUUCAACAAGAAUAUGCAAGUCAAACGUUAUUAGAACAACAGUCUUUAUUUCUCAGACCUCGAGUUCCUCCAAAUCAGCCUUUAUCUACCCAGCCACAAUUUCAACCACAACCAUUAAUACCUAAUCAACCAUUCCAAUUCCAGUUAUCACCAUCUCAACAGCAAAUUCAAACCCGGUUUCCUGUUCAACCACAACCUCAACAAUCACAAUUCCAAGCACAAGCAUUAGAGCAACAACAAAAUACUUUUUUGCAAUCAACUGACUCAAAUCAAAAUUUUGAUUCCCAACAGAAUCCCCAAUUAUUACCACAAAAUGAUAACUCAUUUUCUUUUGCUCAAAUUCAAUUUGGCCAAACAGAACCAUCACCAGUUGAAACUAUUCAGCCCGCUACAAGUUUUAAAGGUCAGAGAUCUGUUUCCAAACCCAAAUCAAAUAAUUUACCAGAACCUAUUACUCAACAAUCGAUUGAAUAUACUACAGUGAAUCCAGUUCUUUUGAACGCUCGCUUAUUACAAAACGCAGUGUACGUUCAUCACAAUGGACAAAUAUAUAAGCCUACUGAAGAAACCGAUCAAGUCGUUUAUAUUCCUAGAAAAAAAUUUCCAUCGAUCACCACGACUUUUGCUCCUUGGACAGUUGUUGGUCGUAAUGAACAAAAAGAUGAUGCAGUUUUUAUUUCAAACCCCACAUAUGAACGACAGAAAUCAAUUGUUUCGACUCAAAGACCCAUUUCAAAUCAACAAAAGUCUAGACAAGAAAGUAAGAAAUCGAAUAAAGCACAAAUUAAACCUAUUGGAACAAGGACUGAGCCCCCACCAAAUGAAACUGCACCUGGUGAGUUGUUACCAGACAAUUUCUUUUCUUCACUUUUAACUCAGUUUCAACAAGAACCAGCACUUGUAUUCCCUAAAGCUCGGGGCAAUCAAAGGUCAAAAGCUGUAAAUACUAAUACACAUAAUAGCGAGACUUCUAGGUAUAUACCAGACAAAAGCCAAUUACAAUUACUGCAAUUUACUGACGAACUAAAAUCACUAAGUAAUUCUGAAUUAAAAGUAUUAGACGAUGCUGGUAUUCAACUUCCUAUCAACGGACAAUCUAGACAAGCAUUUCGUAGUCGUCCAGUGCCUCAGCAAGUUGAAUUAGAUCAACAGCAAAGACAAUACUUAGCUUCUCAAGGCAUACGUAAUUUGUAUAGAGUGGAUUAUGAUGAGUCGGGUAACCCAUUGCCUUUAACUUAUGUUUUAGCUUUAGAUAAUCGUACGAAACAAGAUAAUCAGCAAGAAUAAUUUUAAUCGUAAUGUCUUUUUAUAAAAAAAUCUUACGCCACUAUGUAGAUUGAUACUUAGAUUGCUAUUAUUGUUGUAAUGAUAAUAUGUAAAUAACUGAUUUGUAAUAGUUGUGCAAUAUAUUUGUUUAUUUAUUUUUUUAAUAGGUAUUUGAAAUAGAUUUAAUGUUU